CGCGAACACCGGCCCAUCCACUCCCGCUGAUGCGCUGCGGGAGAUGUUGUCAGGGACAGGAACUGCAGUUCACAGCUUACCUGCUCCAUAUAAUGUGAAGCCGGAGCCAUGGGAUCGACGCAAGGAACCGUCGCUAUGGCCCACCAAGUUGGCAGGGCGCUAUCCUCCCCCGGACCUCCGUCAUCACGGGCACCCUCAUAACCACCUACUGACCCCAGUAAAAUACCAAUUUGGUCUAGAAUCAACACUUCCUCAUGACAGUAUCUGGAACAUCAUGGAGAACAAAGCAAACCCAUUCGCUACAAUUCUCAAUUUCCGGGAUGUCGCAGAGGUAGUAAAUACCACCAUAGGCACUACCUAUCUGAAAACUGGGCUGCUGUACCGUGGAGCUCGUCCAGACGAAGCCUCCCCUGAGGACCGCAAGCGACUCGUCAACGACUAUGGCAUCAGAGACGUUAUCGACCUUCGCACCAAGACUGAGCACAUCCAACAAGCUGAAAAACGAGACGCCAGAAUCAAGAGCUCUGCCGCAGUCCCCCAAACCAACAACCAAGUCGCAGAGCCCUUGAAAAUCCCCGGAGUGACGUACCACGAGAUCAAUUUCAACGGCAACGCCUUCUCCAAGAUGCUCAUCAACAAGCUCACCUGGAGCGAGUUUGGGCGGCUCGUGUGGCUCAUGGCUAGAGGCUACCGGCUUGAUGCCAUCAAGAUCCUCAGCCCUCACAUGCGGGCGGCAGGCCUUGUUGGACUCGCCAAGGACUCGCUGGAUGUUUGUACUAAGGAAGUCUACCAGGUGUUUGCUGUGCUCGCGGAAUCUGGCAAUUGGCCCGUCAUGUUGCAUUGCACACAGGGGAAAGAUAGGACUGGGUUGACGGUAAUGCUGGUGCUGAUUCUGCUUGGUGUUCCAAGGGAGGCGAUUGAGAAGGACUAUCUGGUGUCGGAGCCGAAUUUACUCUCUGAAAAGGAAGAGAGAAUGAAGGAGAUUGAGUCGAUUGGGCUGACGGAGCAUUUUGCUUCGUGUCCGCCGGAGUUGGUGCCAGAAGUACUCAAUCACAUCACAGAGAAAUACGGAUCGGUGGAGAAAUACCUGCUAGGGGUGGGUGUCACGACGGAGAUGCAGGAGACGAUAAAGACGAUGUUGCUUAAUGGUACUGAUGCGAGCACUAUGUAGAGUAAUGACCAGUAACGACUGCAAUCUUAGAGCGUUCAUGUUUUGAGCAUGAUUAUCAGUCUUUCAUUCGC